GCCUACAUGACGUCGGAAUCGGCCGAUCUCGACCUGGCCGAGCACACCUUCCGCAAGGCACUGGAUCUCGUCACCAAGUCGGUCUCCGACCUGACCGCGACCGCGACCGGAUCGAGGAUUUAUUUGGCCAAGCUGCGGCUCAAUCUGGCCGAGUGCCUCGAGUUGAACGGCAAAGCCGCGGAGGCGAUGACCCUUUGCGUCAUCCACAUUUUGACCGUUUUCCAACAGGAACUGGCUCCCAACGACCCACUUGUCAUCCGCGCCAAGUUGGUGAUUGUGCGCGCCGAGCUCAAGACCAACCAGCUGGACGAGGCAACAAGACGACUUUGCAACAUCGUCAAAAACGGCCUGGUCCGUGCACAUCUGCCUCCGGUCUACGAGGUGAUCGAGAGCCUGGAAAUGAUGCGAGGCUCGACGUCUGCCGAUGGUCUGUCGAGUGAGCCGAUACCGUCAAACUUGCUCGACUACUUGCCCAUUGUUGACUCUCUUGAAAGGAUCAUUCUGGAACAUUUGCAGAAACUCUACAUGCAACAGAAAAGACAUUUUGCGUCACGAUCCCUGUCUUUUCCUAUAUCGCUCUCUUGCUCUCUCUACAACUCAAUUUCUCUCUCUCUUUCUCACCCAAUCGGUGCCGAGGAAAUAUGUUCAGCUUUCGUCUAUCAUGCCAUCUGA